AUGUGCUCCCGGCAGGACAAAGACCAGUGCCACAGGCAGGAGCGCUACACCCGCCAGGCCAGCGGUGGCUGCCACAGCUCCGGCGGUGGUGGCUGUCACAGCAGUGGUGGUGGUGGCUGUCACAGCUCCGGCGGCAGCGGUGGUGGCUGUCACAGCUCCGGUGGUGGUGGAUGCCACAGCUCCGGCGGUGGUGGAUGCCACAGCUCCGGCGGUGGUGGCUGCCAUGGGAAGCCCCAGGUCCACUGCCAGCAGCAGCAGCAGCAGCAGGUCCACCAGCUGCCCUCGCAGAAGAUGAAGUGA